CAGUUCAAAGCGAUCGCGAGUGAUGAUCUGAUCCCUGUAUCUCCGAAGGGAAUCGUGAAACGAGCCACACCGAGACGACCAUUUUUCCAUCUCCAGACGACCGCUGAACAGGUAACAAAGGUUGCCGCAUUGCCCAACGAAAGCGUUGCUGCUUCUCCGGUAAAAAGCGAGGCAGAUGCCGCCACAUGUGCUGAUGACGAGCCUAUCUUCCCGCGUUUAGCUGACUGUCAGGAGUCGAUAGGAAGAAUAGUCGGGAGAUUGCUGCCCAUAUCUUCUACUAACGGUGCAAUAGCUGCACGUAAAUCAUUGGAAGCACAAGGCAUCGUCAGAAUAUGCGAUCUGGCGUCCAAAUCUCGACGUGAAGUUUCACUACUGAACAUUAAGAAGCCACGAAUCGAAACAGCAUUCCGAACACUCUCACAGUUCGCUCGUGACCACUUGAAGUCUGAAACCUCACCGGUAACUGGCCGAAUAAAGCAACAAGACUUGCUGGUCGAAUCCGUAGAAAUACUAGAGGAAGUUGUACUAGAAUCCCCCGAUGAAAACGUUGCAGACGCAUCAAUUACUGUGGCAAUUUCCGAAAUCGACGAGGUUGAAUUAGAGGCCGCUGAAAGUGAUAAGGUGGAUGCAGCCGAAUUGGAGGCCGUUAGAAAUAAUGGGGUGAAUUCAGUAGAGUGCUCCCCUAAUGCACCGGAGAAGCCAAUGGAAAAGGAAGAUAUUGUCGAAGUGGAAGCUGCUGAAAUCGGAAAGGUUGCAGCACCCGUCGCAAGUGAGAUGAAACGCUUGCUCGAUGCAGAUAGAGACAACAAGCAUUGGCUGGUCGAAUCCGUAGAAAUACUAGGGAAGUUGUACUAG